AUGGCAGACCUCGGAGACAAGUCGGCCCCCCCUGCCACGCUCGCCAAGACAGACACCGCCGUCAACUCCAGAAACAGCGAACUAGGCCAAGUCGACAACGGGAUAAGCGACAAGGACCAAAUUCACGAUGGCAAAGCAAAAGACAGUAAAGGGAAGAAGCCCGGGUCGCUCCACUUCUUCUUCCGCGUGCACUGGUCUUACUCUACAUCGCUGGAUCACGCCCUCCGGCUCAUCGGCCUAAUUGCUGCUAUCGCCUCCGGUAUCCUACCUCCACUGAUGACAGUGGUGUUUGGAUCCUCUGUGAAUCAGUUCAAUGAUUAUGAAAAUGGCAGUAUUUCGGGACAGGACCUCUACCGCAACAUGUCCAAGAACGCCCUUUGGCUGCUCUAUCUCUUCAUCGGCCGCUUCUUUCUCGUCUACGUGCACUCCACGUGCUUCGGUCUUGUGGGCAUUCGUGUGACUAGAGCGUUUCGCGUCGACUUCAUCCGGUCGAUGAUCCGACAGGAUGUUUCCUUCAUCGACUCCUGUGCGCCUGGCACCGUCGCGUCCACCAUCUCAAACAGCGCUGACAUGGUGGAAAACGGCAGCACCGAGAAGGUCGGCAGCCUAAUCCAGAACAUGUCCAUGUUCGUUGCCGCUUUUGUAGUAGCCUUCACGCGGCAGUGGAAGCUUACCCUUGUCACGGCUACUUCGCUGCCCAUUCUCUUCAUCGGGUUCAAAAUCACUUUUGGCCUCGACGCCAAGAUUGAGGCAAAGAUCCUAGAGAUAUAUAACCGCGCCGGUGGCCUGGUUGAGGAGGCUCUGGGUUCAACCCGCAUCGUGACGGCUUACAAUGCCAGUGCGAAGCUGAGCCGCAAGUACGACGACUACCUGGCAGGGGCGCAGAAGCUUGGCUUCCGCAAGGGUCCCGUCAUCGGCGUCCAGUGGAGUGUGGAGUUCUUCACGAUCUACUGUGCGUACUCCCUUGCCUGGUUCUAUGGUGUAAAGCUGCUCAACAGCGGCGAGAUCGGGGGCGGUGGGCAAAUCAUCUCAGUGCUGCUCGCGGUCCUUUUGGGUACAAACGCUGCCUCCAACGUGGCCCCAGGGUUCGGUGACUUUGCCAAGGCUUCAGCUGCCGCUCAGGGCAUGUUUGAGGUGGUUGAUCGCAAGUCCGAGAUCGAUCCCUUGGCCGACACCGGUGAGCGGCCUGACAAGUGUGAAGGCCUGGUCGAGCUACGCAACAUCAGCUUUGCCUAUCCGUCAAGGCCCUCUGUUCAAGUCUUGCGUGACGCCAGCCUAAUCUUUGAGGCUGGAAAGGUCACGGCAUUGGUGGGUGCGUCUGGUUCUGGAAAGAGUACGAUUGUUGCACUGGUCGAACGAUGGUUCAACCCAACUAGCGGAUCUAUCCACUUGGACGGCCAUGACAUUGCUGACCUUGACCUUCGAUGGUUGCGUGGGAGGAUCGGCCUUGUUCAGCAAGAACCAGUCCUUUUCAGCGACACGAUCUACAACAAUGUAGUCCAUGGACUAUACGGAACUCCCAAGAACGAUCUCCCCGAGCCCGAGAAGAGAGAACUUGUCCGACAAGCGUGCAUCCAGGCGUUUGCGGACGAGUUUAUCCAGGAGCUGCCGCAAAAGUAUGACACCAAGGUUGGAGAACGCGGCGCUUUGUUGAGUGGAGGGCAAAAGCAGCGUAUUGCCAUUGCCCGGAGUGUCAUCUCCAACCCGCAGAUCCUCCUGCUCGACGAAGCUACAUCAGCCCUGGAUCCUACGGCAGAGAGAAAAGUACAAGCUUCUCUUGACAAUGUCUCUAAGCAGCGGACUACAAUCAUGAUUGCGCACAAACUUUCAACGGUCCAGAAGGCCGAAAAGAUCGUUGUACUGAGUCGGGGCGAGGUUGUUGAGCAGGGUACCCAUCAGCAGCUACUUGAUCUAAGGGGGGCGUACCACGAGCUUGUCAAUGCUCAGACACUCCAUACAGGCGAGGCGGCAGCUGCACAAGCGGGUAUAGAGAUAUACGAGCCCUCGGAAGUUCCAUACCGGGACGAUAGCUCAGUCGACAGUGCAGAUGACAAACCGGUGGUCUUGUCGAAGUCUGCAAGCAGGCAAUCUUAUUCUGCCGCAGAACCAGUCGAGAUUGAACACGAAACCAAGGACGAAGACGCAGAUGUUUCUCGCAAGCUUUCCAUCGCGGAGUGCCUCAAAAUUAUCAUCUGGAAGGAGCACUGGCACAUCUGGCCAGUCUGGCUCUUUGGCAUCCUAUCCUCGGCAGCUGGUGGUGGCCUAUUCCCCGCGCAGGCAGUCCUUUUCGGAUCCAGUCUCCCGACUUUGCAGCUUCUUCCCGGCAACUACUUGGUAGAGCGCGGUAACUUUUGGGCAUUGAUGUACUUCGUUUUCAGCCUAGGUGUCUUUGUGUGCUACCUUGGCGUCGGGUUCUUCUGGACUAUAGCAUCGUUCCACACCACGCGCUUCUACCGCCGGGGAUAUUUCGACGCAAUGUUGCGGCAGGAUGUUUCUUUCUUUGACACCGCGGGCCACGGUGCGUCCGAGAUGACUAGCCGACUCUCCCUGCAUCCUCAGCGGCUUCAAAACUUGCUGUCCACCAACCUCGCUCUUAUUAUCGUCAUAUUUGUUGACAUAGUCUCGUGUUUUGUUCUGGCAGUCGCCAUGGGAUGGCGUCUGGGUCUGGUCGUCAUUGCGGGCGGCAUGCCGACACUUUUCGGUGCCGGUUCCUUCCGCCUGCGACUCGAAAUGGCCAACGAGGACCGCCUGACCCAGACGUACCUGGAAAGCGCUCGUUUUGCAUCCGAGGCUGUCGGCGCCAUUCGUACCAUCUCUAGCUUGACAUUGGAAGACAAGGUUCUGAACGGCUUCAAGUCUCGUCUUGAUGAGUGUGCCAGUCGGGAACUACGUAGCAAGAUGAUUACGAUGGUUGUUCACGCAUUCGCUGAAAGUAUCAACAUGGCCGUGACGGGCCUGGCCUUCUGGUAUGGCGGAAAGCUGUUGUCUGAGGGUCAUUACGAUAUGCGAACAUUCUUCAUUGUCUUCAUGGCGGUGCUUAUGGGGUCGCAAUCGGGCGGCGUUCUGUUCGGCUUUUCGUCGAACGUUUCGAGAGCACAUUCGGCGGCAAAUCACAUCAUUGACUUGCGCAUAUCGCAGCCUCCCAUCAAUACCUCCUCCGGCGUCAAGGAAUUGCCGGAGAGCGAGAACAACCGGGUAGCCAUCGAAUUCCGCGACGUGACCUUUGCAUACCCCAGCCGGCCAAAUCGCUGUGUACUACACGGUCUCAAUCUCAAGAUCCUAAGGGGCCAGUCCGUUGGCAUCGUAGGCGCCUCGGGCUGCGGUAAAAGUACCAUUGUUGCCCUUCUAGAGCGAUUUUACGACAUCAACUCUGGACAGCUCCUCGUUGAGGGCACAACUAUCCGAGAUUUGGACGUACAAUUUCACCGCUCCCGCAUCGGCCUUGUAUCGCAGGAUACCGCGCUCUUCCAGGGCAGCAUCCGGGAUAACAUUCUCCUUGGUCUUCCAGACGAUGAGGCGGCGGCGCCCGACGCAGAUGAUCGCGUGGAGCGCGCGUGCCGCUCGGCCAACAUGCAUGAUUUUAUUAGCAGCUUGCCCGACGGAUACGCGACCGACGUCGGAAACCGCGGUGUCGCUCUCUCCGGGGGUCAGCGCCAACGUCUCGCAAUCGCUCGAGCGCUAAUCCGCGAGCCGGAGGUGUUACUCUUUGAUGAAGCCACUAGCGCCCUAGACACCGCCAACGAGGUGCUGGUACAAGCUGCCAUCGAGGCGGUCGCGCGAGAGAAGCCUGGCCGGACCACUAUUGCUGUGGCUCAUCGCCUGUCGACUAUACAGCGCUGCGACCGAAUUUUUGUGCUGCACAGAGGCCAAGUCGCUGAGAACGGCACUCAUGAGGAACUUUUCCAGAGGCGGGGAAUGUACUAUGAGAUGGUCUUGGCUCAAUCGCUGGACAGAGAGGUUGUCGCGAUUGUCUAA